AUGAAAAACAGUGUUUCGUCGUUGAACGUGCUGAUUCGCGACUCCACGCUGGCCAGCUCGUCGUUUUUGAUCUCAAACGACUUUGGCACAGAAAAGAUCGGUUCCACCUCGGAACGGCUCGUUUCCAGCCAUGGGGACGCAAACGUCUUGGAGAUCUGCACGUUUUCGUUUUUUCUGGUCAUGUCCAGGCCCAACAUGUUGAGAUCCAGUCCUGUGGUGAUGGUAUUUAAUUCAUUAUUUUGCAUCUUUAAAACGGGCAGCAAAGCGUUCAGACCGUACUUGUCCAUGUCCGACAGCGCGAACUCGCCCAGUCCGUCGCCAUUCACGCCGCUGUUGGCCUUGUUUCUGUUGGCCUGUUGA